GACCAAUGGCGCAGCGCUUCGUGUAGCAACGGCUGCCGGGGCGCGGGGGGAGGGGCUGCGCGAGCGCCUGGCGGCCGUUGGGCGGGAGCGGCGCUUGGGGAAGGGGCAGCGGCAGCGGGAGCGGCGGGGUCUGUGGUGGCGGCAGCGGGGUCUGUGGUGACAACUGCGGCGGCGGCGGAGAGCGGAGGCUGAGGAGCCAGAGAAAUGGCCACUACACAAUCUGUCUUCACAUUUGCUCUCUGCAUUUUAAUGAUAACUGAAUUAAUACUGGCUACAGAGAACUAUUAUGAUAUCUUAGGAGUUCCAAAAAAUGCAUCUGACCGCCAGAUCAAGAAGGCAUUUCACAAGCUGGCUAUGAAAUAUCACCCAGACAAAAAUAAGAGUCCUGGUGCAGAAGCAAAAUUUAGAGAAAUUGCUGAAGCAUACGAAACAUUAUCAGAUGAGACUAAACGAAGAGAAUAUGAUCAGUUUGGCCAUCAUGGAGGACAAGGAAAUAAUGGGAGCCCAUUCCAUCAAUCGUUUAAUUUCAACUUUGACGAUCUGUUCAAAGACUUUGACCUCUUUAGUCAAAACUCCCGGUCAAAAAAGCACUUUGAAAAUCACUUCCGAGGUCACCGGGAAGCUCACAGUCGGCAAAGACGGUCUUUCCAGGAGUUCUCCUUUGGAGGUGGACUGUUUGAUGAUGUAUUUGAAAAUAUGGAAAAAAUGUUCUCAUUUAGUGACUUUGAAAACGUUCACCGGCGUGCGGUGCGAACUGAUGCCAGGUUUCAUGGGUCCAGCAAGCACUGUAAGACUGUCACUCAGAGACGAGGAAACAUGGUCACCACUUAUACAGACUGUUCUGGACAGUAAUUUCUCCUUUCUUUUCAUCUCUUCUUCUUUCAGUGUCUUCGUAAUUCUUCUUGGUUUUAUGCUAACAUGGAAAAAAAUUUUUGAACUGUUUGCUCUAAAAAACACUUACCUGCUAUAAAGAAAUGGUAAAUGAAACUAAUCUUCAGCAUAGAAGCAACUUGUUUGGAAAGUAAAUGUCUCAGUAACUACUUAGAAUGGGAGAGAAAUAAUCUCACGUGACAGAAAAAAUGAUUUGCGUUUCAGUUUAGUAAAUGCUUUCCCUAAAUUUGAACUUCAACACAAGAUACAUAUUUUUUAUUUCAUAAAUGUAACACAAUUUUUUCAUAAAUGCCAAUUCAGGACUGUUUGAGUUACUGGUGCAUGGAUUGCAGCAAAGGAGACACUUUGAAGUGCUGCUUUUUUUUAUCAUAUCUUUUGAAGUUUUCACUUGACGUUUUUUCUUGAUAUGAACUUCCUGUGCAGAUUAGAUUAUUUACACAAAAUAGCAGCAUUAGUGUGAUUUACCUGGGUCUUUGUUAUUCUGUCCAGCAUGGAAAAUUUAUUAAUAGAAAUCCCCUUUUUUAGGUUGGAAAAUAACAAGGAAAUACAUUAAGAUUGUGCUUCACCUAGGAGAGCCAUAUAGAAAUUAAUUUCCAAAUAGCUGUUCAUUGAUGUGAAAAGACAGUAGGAUUUGAAUAACCCUUAAGGGCUAUUCGUGUGUGUAAGUUUGUGUGCAUACAAGGUGGUUUUUUUGUUUUUCUUCCAAAAUACAAAUAUCUCUCUAACAAUGUUUGGAAGAGUAUAUCAAAACCACUCUUGUUUUAUGCUUACUAUAGUACCACCUGUGCAAUGUAGUUUUCAUAGCUCAGUUUAUUGAAGUUAAGUACUCCUCUGUGCUUCUGAACUUAAACAAGAUAAGCUUGCCUACUGGUCACUACUUUCUGGAAGGGUCAAAAUAAAAAAUAGAUUGUUUAGAUUGACAAAUUUAUUACCUUUCAGCAGGAAUUUUUCAGUAUUGUGAUUUGAAAGGUAAAUUCUUAACAUAAAGACUGAGUAAAACUGGAAAUUACAGUUGUUGUAUUUAUCUAAUGCCUUGUGGUGCUGGAAUCUACUAAUAAGGUACUAAUGGCUAUCAGUUUCAGCACCAUGGAAAUCUAUAACUAAUCUGAAAAAAACCUCAAAAUGGAUAACAAAAACCCCUGCCCAACACCCCUCAGCACCCCCCCUGAAUAUUUUAACUGAUAUCAGUCCAAAAGUUUUAGUUUAUUUCUUAAUCAGUAAUAAGAGCUUAGUAUAUUACAUUUGUUCCUAUUAAUAAAAUUGCUGUCACCCACAUAUUGUUGUCUCUUCAGGACUGUGAGAUAAGAAUUUACCUUUCACACUGAUUGCAUGAGCAAAGCAAGCGUUUUAAACAGCAGUGUUCUAAAUAGGCUUUGAGUGCUUAAAAAUCUUUUGAUAAAGAGAUUUAAUUCUUUGCUUCUUGGAUAGAUAUUGAAAGCUGCCUAUUUGCUAAGUAACUUUAACCUUCCCCUCAAGGGUACGUAUUACUGCUUGUUCAGUUUUCAUUCACUAAGUACUUGGAAUGGAUUUUUGCAUUAUACUAAGUGCUUUUCCUUUUCCAUGUUCUUCUUUAUUUAUUAAUAGACUAAUACCUCAUAUAUGGUCUUUAUAAAAAGCCAGUAAUUUGUGCAACAUUAUUGGAACGUGCAAUAUUCUUAUAGUAGGAAAAGUGCUGGAGUGAGUGUUUUUGUGUUAUUUCCACUCUUUUCCUGUGUAAGCAGAGAUUUUCAGUUUCUUCUGUAGAAUUAAUAUAUGUUUCAACCAAAAGUUGUAAUUCAUGUAGAUUUCUGCAUUUUUUUCUUUAAUAUAUUCCAUCCUGUGCAUGAAUCAGAUUAUCUGCCUGACUGAUAUCGUAUGGGCAUCCAAAUGAUCAAAUUAUUAACUUAGAGUUCUGAAUUGUUUCUCUCACAUAUAACAAGGUUUUUAGAGGGCAUUUCUGUAGGUAUUUGAGGAGAAAUGUUCCUUGGACUCUGGAAAGAUAAGGCCUUUAGUAUUAAAUACAAGACAGUGUUAGCAAGUGUCCUUUUUUAGGGAUGAUAAUUUCUGGAAUUUAGAGGUGGGAGGCAACUCUAGAAGCAAGGUGCCAAGGUAAAAUAUUAAUGCCUUUCUUAGUCUAGUGAAUAUUUUCUUAAUUAAAAAAAUAAAUAUUUGGAAAGAGCAGAAUGACCAGUUCCUAAGUGUGGGGGAAGGACCCAAAUCACUGACUUCUCCAAAGGUAGUUUUCUCUCGUUAUGAAUGCGAGCCCGUUCCCUAAUCCUGAAUUAGAGGAACAAAAGCUAAAAUGAGCACUGUAAAUUUUAAGAAACAGCCACCCCCAAAAUCUAAGAGACCAUAUGAUGUCACCAUCUUUCAAGAUAAAUUUUCAGCUGAAAAGCAAGGGUCCUUUGUUGCUUCUAGAUGAGCUUCCCCUCUUUAAGGAUGCUCCAAAUUUAUUAAUAAAAAGUGUACCUGUUUUUCUUAUCUCCUUAAAGUCAAAGUAUGAGACUGAUAACAGGAUAAAGCUGCUAGUUUUCUAGCUGAUAAUACCUUAAAAAGACUUCUUCCCAGUCUAUUUUUACUUGCUUUUCAAUUAGUUCUCUUAAUUAUUUGUCCCAGGAAAACCAGUUCUGUUAUUCCUGUGGCUUCUCAAAGUGACCUUUCGACUUGUUUUGGUGGUUGAUCCAAGGUAAAAUCCGAAGGAGAGAUUGUCACUGGUAUUGCAGUUCUAGUGAUUUGCUAUGGUUGUCUGUGAUGUGUAUGCUUUGAAUAGACUUCAGCUGAGUAAGUUCAGGCAGGCUUCCUUCAGCCAGCAGUGUACAGUUCCACAGCUAUCAGAAAACAAGCGUGCAAAACAUGUUGUGCUACUUGCUUAUUCAGGGCCCUUGCACAUUCUUUUACUAUUUAUAGUGUUUGGUUCAUGGCAGGCUCUCCAGCGGAAGUCCUGAUAUAACCUUGUGACACCCCUGAAUGCAGAAGGCUUUGAAGUGCCAUCUUUUAUCCUCACAACUUGUGAAAAGACCCAGCAAAACCUAUUUUUUUUUGUUGUUGUUGUAUGAGGGUGAAAACCGGAAUACUUACCAAUUCUUGAAAGGCAUUUAUGCAUAUGUAACUCCAAAAGGAUGAGUUUCUAAAACUUUUCAUGAAAAAAAUUGUGGGUUUAUGUAUUUUUUCCCAUUAGGUUUUUGAAACACAGUAUCCAGUGGAAAUGAAAGUACUGUACACUUAAUUAGGGUGCCAUUACAUUAAACAUGUGAAAAUUG